UUAAGUAGAGAAUAAAACACACAUUGCACUUAACAUCCAGUCCUUUCCCUUCUGCCCACUUCCCCCCUCUCUCAGAUUUCUCAGUCCCCAAACACCAAAACAAACCCACCUCUUGGAUCUCAUCGCCCCUCCCUCAUCUACAUAUCCCUCCCCCCACCAUUCCCAUUCCCCCUUCAGAUCCCACCUCCCCAUUUCCCCAGUCCCAAUUCCCAUCUCUUUGCGGGAAUCAAAACGAGGAGCUCACUCUGCUUUUGCUUUGCUUCACCGCACACUCCAAUGGAUUCCUUCACUGUCCCCUGUCCCAAGGCGUGCGCCGCCCCCGUUACCCGCCUCGGCUCCGCCGCCCAGCCGUCGCAGCCGCACCAGCACCUCCUGUCCUUCCACAACUGCCUCAAUCGCUGCCCCAUUCCCUCUCUGCAGAUUUCUGGCCUUCAGAGCUCCGUCAGGAAGCAAUCCUCUUCCUGGAAAGUGCAGGCACAGCUUAAUGAGGUUACAGCUGAGAAAUCCUCAAAUUCUGUACCCACAAAAAACAAGAAGUCUGAAGAUGGAUCACAGGAAGGGAAAGACGAGUCUUCCAGUCAAACCAAUAUUCCAGAUGCAGCAUCAAUCUCCGCAUUCAUGGCUCAAGUUUCAGACCUUGUUAAGUUAGUUGAUUCGAGAGACAUUGUGGAGCUGGAAAUGAAGCAACUAGAUUUAGAGCUUGUGAUUAGAAAAAAAGAAGCUUUGGCGCCACCACCACCAGCUCCCGUUUCCCAACAACCAGCACACUAUUAUUCCAUACCACCACCUCAACAAGCACCAGCACUAGCACCAGCAUCAGCUUCUGCUCCUGCUCCAGCGCCCGGUCCAGCAGCACCUGCAUUACCCGCCCCUGCAAAGACAAGCACAUCAUCUCACCCUCCACUGAAAUGCCCCAUGGCUGGAACCUUUUACCGCAGUCCUGCACCUGGUGAACCACCUUUUGUUAAGGUUGGAGAUAAAGUUCAGAAAGGUCAAGUUAUUUGCAUCAUUGAGGCCAUGAAAUUGAUGAACGAAAUUGAGGCUGAUCAAUCUGGAACCGUUGCUGAGAUACUGGGCGAAGAUACUAAACCAGUGAGCGUAGACACGCCUCUUUUUGUCAUAGUACCAUGAUAGCAUUGAGCAAGGUUCGGACGAAGUUUUUUUGAAGGUUUUUGGUGAUAGACACUCUUUGAAGAUGUUUAAUUCUCGAAGGACUUUUUGAUACUGUUUAUGUUCUCUUGUAACUUAAAUUUAAAUAAUGUUUGUUUCAGUUGUCGAAAGAUUGUCGGAAUUCACAUUUUUAUAGUGUUAGGGACAGAGGGCGUGGUGUGUUAUCAAAGAUCAAGCAAUGUGCUCUCUUUAAAACUUUUUUACGCCUUCUUUCUUUGUAAGUCAGUUUUACAAAUUAUGUAUGAAGAAGUUCCUUUUUAA